AUGGAGAGUCCUGCUAUGAGGAGGGCUCAGAGUGAGAAGGAAAUGAGGGUGGGAGAUGGACCGAGUGCAGCUGCUGCUGCUGGGCCAGCAGUCGUGGAGGCGAAUGGAGAGUCGUCUGUUCCUGCCGGUUCUAGAACCCUCUACUCGUCGAUAAGAGCAGCGGCGUCGAGCGCGGAGGGCGGAAGCAGCGGCGUGUCCGUCGCAGAGGCAUCUCCCGCGAAAGGAGCAUCUGAGCCGUCCGUUUCGGCCGAGGCUGGCGGAGCAGGGUCGAGCGAGGGGAAAGCUGCUGUGAGAAAGCGUCUCGUUUCAGGCGUCCAGCCGACGGGAAGCAUUCAUCUAGGAAACUACUUGGGCGCAAUCAAGAACUGGAUCCCGCUGCAGGACGAGUGUGACACCUUCCUCUUCGUGGUCGACCUGCACGCAAUCACCCUACCCCAUGACGUGGAUGACCUCUCACGCUCAUCACGCACGGCAGCAGCCAUGUACCUGGCGUGCGGGGUGGACCCAUCCAAGGCGACCGUGUUUGUGCAGUCGCACGUGCGCGCACACGCGGAGCUGACGUGGCUGCUGUCGUGCACCACGCCCAUGUCGUGGCUCAACAAGAUGAUUCAGUUCAAGGAGAAGGCGCGCAAGGCGGGCGAGGACGUGGGAACAGGGCUGCUCACCUACCCGCUCCUCAUGGCGGCAGACAUCCUCCUAUACCAGUGUGACGUGGUGCCAGUGGGCGAGGACCAGAGGCAGCACCUGGAGCUCACCAGGGAUGUGGCAGCGCGGAUCAACAACCUCUACGGCGGCCGCAAGUGGAAGAAGCGCGGAGGGCGGGGUGGCAGGGUGUUCAAGGUGCCAGAAGCCAUGAUACCCCCUGCUGGUGCUCGCAUCAUGUCUCUCACUGACGGCACUUCCAAGAUGUCCAAGUCUGCCCCAUCUGACAUGUCCCGAAUCAACCUGCUCGACCCCCCAGAAGUGAUAGCCAACAAGAUCAAGCGCUGCAAGACUGACAGCUUCACAGGCAUGGAGUUUGGCAAUCCGGAGCGCCCCGAGUGCCAGAACCUGCUGUCCAUCUACCAGAUCGUCACCGGGAGAACCAAGGAGCCAGGAGGUGCAACAGGAGGUGGCGGCGCUGAGCUGGGGGCAGUUCAAGCCGCUGCUAGCAGACGCCCUUGUCGCUCACCUAGAGCCAAUCCAGGCAAGCCAUGUGUCCACUAG